GUUGCACUGGCCAUUCGCAACAUCACGUAAAAAAUGUCAGAGUCUCCGAUGCCCAUGGCGUGAGCUGAAUGGACGCUUCCCGGCGCGAGGCGGCGGAGCCUUUCCUCGAGCGCGAAACGGCGGCUCCGCGCGAGGCGCCGCGCCACUCCAACGCGCCGGAGGAUCGGGCGGCUCUGCGGCGCCAGCGGCGCGCUUUCCAGCAGGAGAGGCGCCAGGCCUUCCGGGAUCGGCUCUUUCAUGAGCCGGACAUCGAUGGCUUGAGGUGCCGCGAGUUCGAGGUGGACCUUCUGCCCGGGGAGCGGCUCUGUGGAGGUGAGCCCAUCCGCGUGAAGCUCACGAAGACCAUCUCCUUCUGCCGCAGGCUCUUCCUGAACCUGAUCUCCUGUGGCCUCUACGAGCUUUGGGUUCGCUGCGCCUGCGGCAAGCUCGUCUUCGCCGUGGACGCGCGCAUCGGGGUCACCACGUUGGGGCGGCUGAUGCUGUGGACCCACACCGCAGCUGGAGGUGGGCUUCCCCUGGCGAAACACUGCUUCCGCGCCGCCGCCAAGCCGGCGUCCAUGAUCUACAUUUGCCUCUUCGUCUUGUUCUUCGCCUUCGGUCCUGUCACCCUUCAGGGCGACAUGCUGCAAGUUGGCGCAUUGAUCGCUGUGGUCAUUUGUCUGGCCUUGGCAAUGGUGCUUGUGCAAUGGCUCUUCGAGCGUGCAUCUCUGCAAAUGUACACUGCAGUUCGGCAAUUCGAGGCGUCGGAGCUCUCACACGCGCGGCUGGUGUGCUACCGGAACCGGAGCUUUCUCGGCUUGGGUGGUGAGACGUUGGCCUGCCAGGUCCACAUGUUCUUCGGCUUCUACCCGAAGGAGCAGCAGCUCAGCCGAACUCUGCCCCCGGGAAUGUUCGACACCGGCACAGUGCGGGCCGGCUUCAUUCCCAUUGGCACACCUCUGGACAGCAGCGGCGCAGGCAUGGAUGCUUCCAAGCUGCAGACAGCGGCAGGCCAGGGGAACCCGACGACCACUAUGGGCUUCACAGCGAUCGCCUCGGCGGUGCUCAUCAUUUUGGCUUUCGCCGGGUUCCUCAACGAGGCGACAGAGUUCCUAUCGCAGUGGGUGCAGUGUGUGAUCGAGAAUUACAAGCAGAACGUUGGGGUUAUCUCCAUGUGCAUCGAACAAAGAUUCGAUCGCUGGUGGACUGGGGGCAGCAAGGUUGGCCUCCAGACCGUGCUGGCGCACUGGAUCGAAGCAUUUGACUGGUCUUUGCAGCUCCUCCUCUUCGUAUGGGUGGUUGGCCCUACGGCGAUUUUCCUCUGGAAGUCGCUCGCUGACCAGAGUUCUGCCGGUCUCGGCUUCGUGGUGGAUCGCCACUUGGGCGCUUCCACGGAAGACGAGAAGUUCGAGGAUCACUGGCAAGAGCUGUCCUCGUUCCUCGCCGACCUGUUUCAAGGUGCGGUCGGGGAGAAAGAAGAAGCUCCUGGAGGUCGGAACGGCUGCAUGCCUCGGCAGAGCCUGGGGGCGGCCGAUGCCGAGCGGCCGGCCGCCAAGCGAUGGGAAGAGGUGCUUGGAGACAUCCAUCCGACAGAAGGGUCCGCGCCGCCUCAAAACGAGAUGGAACCUGCUGCCGCGCCGCUGUAUACGCAGGCUGCGAGCAGCAGCAGUCCAUAUCAGCCCAAGACCGGGCCCGCGCGGGGCCAGCGACGAACACCGUCCUGGCAACAGGUGGAGGAGAUGAUUGCGCACUUGAUUGAUCCCAUUUCGGGCAAAGUUCGUGUCUAUCGAGAUGUGCUAUCCUUCCUUCCAGAUGAAGAGGUCCUGGCUGUGUACCCCGAGAAGAUCGUCAUCCCCCUCGUGAGCAAAGUGAAGAUAGUGAUCACCUGCGGCCUUGAGUACUAUUGUCACUGGAGACGACAACGUCGAGAAGGUGCCAUCAUCUUGACCAACAAGCGCUUGAUACAUGUAGCCUCGCACUUCUCGUGGUACAGGAAGUCUCUGAAGGUGGACAUGUACACGGUGGGGGAGUCGGUGAGGUACGUGGGCCUGCGGCCCCCCAGGUGGCAAUGCUGCGCACGGCCAUCAGGCGAGCUGUCCGUGGCUACACGACUCGGCACCUUCGAGGUGCGGCUGCUGCAGAUGAAGAGGCUCCGGGACUGCGCCCAGCGCAUGUGGCAAGGCUUCGCCGCCCUGCAGGACACGCAGUCCGUUUCGGCGCUGGAACUGGACGACUGGGCGUCAGUUGCAGAGGAGCUUCCCGAGGAUCUGGAGACGACAAGUCAAGACGGGGAUGACAAGCUCUUGGUUCAGGAGGCACGUGCCGAAGCUGGGGCUCUUUGGGGUGACGACAUUGCGGAGGACAUCGUUCAAGAGGAAGUGCCAGAGGAUCAGGAAAACCCCUCACCUCCUGAGGGCAUUGUCCACUUCAGUGCUACCAGAGCUGAGCUGUGGGGCCUGGUCUUGGCGCCGGACGAGCGAGCUCUAUGGGGGCCAUGCCUAUUUGAAGAAGAGGUCAUGCGUGCCUGGUGCCCGCACUGUCGGGGAGCGCGAAAUCGCAGGCGGCCAUCUACGCUCGUCACCAUCACCGACCGCAGACUGGUUGUCAUCCAGUACAGGAGUGUCGGUCCUCUUUGCUGCGGAGGGAUUUUCCAUCGAGCUCCUGUAGACAACGUGAGCAUCGUUCCCCUCAAGAACAUUCUCGGCUUUAGCAUCGAGGAGAACUUUUCGAUGCAGCAAUCGGUAGUCGCGAGAAAACUGGCGAGAGUCUUCUGCAGACCGAUUUCUGAAAGCAGUCUCAAAGUGAAGGUGCUCAGCAACGGCGGCCUUGGAAAGGUGUACUUAGAUGCCCUUUCCGUGCGGCAACGGGCGUUGCCGCUGUUCCUCAACCCGCCCUGCAACUUUGAGGAGGACAAGGUGCUGGAGCUCAGACGUUGGCUCGGCAACGUGGCCCUCUUCUUCGCCGAGGGCAAGGUUUCAAAGCCAGUGCUGGAGCUUUGGCGAUGCGAACGAGGAUGGUCUCCUGAGUGAGUAGCUUUGCCGGAGGGUGUUUCCGAAAAUAGGACAGAGGGCUUCUUGAACGGGUUA